AGGCCGGAGGCUUCAGUGAGGGGAGCAACAGGCUGGCUGGUGACAAGGGGCAAAGGCCUUAGACAGAGAGAGGGGGAAAGAUUACCAACAAUACCAACAACAACAAGAGCAAGAAGGGAAGGAGAGCAGCUGAGGACAGGCAGGAAGCGACUGUUAGAGAGAGAGGGAGUCGUAGGAAGAUAAGAAAAGAGGCUGAGAUUUAAAGUGUGCUGCUGCAGGUGGAGGUCUGUCACCUUUAAAGCUCUGGAGGAGGCUCACUGAGGCUGAGAAUUAAGACUCUGACAGAGAACAAGAGGACAGCCAUGUUUCCAACCAGACCAGAGAACCAGCCGUAAAAGACAAGGGGAGGUCGCCCCCCUCAAACAGGUCACCCUCCACCACUCAACGCAACCCUCACCACAGCAGCUCCACAGACGAACAGGAGAGCCCCGAGAGAGUGGUGCAGAAGGAGAAACUCCAUGCAGAGUUGAAGCAGGUGUUGAGUCAGAAAAGAAGUCACCUGAGAGAGUCAACCUGCCAACUGGCCCAACCAGAGAUGGACUCAGAGCCCACAGACAAACAGAUGAGUGAGGAGGAAGCCCCUAAGUCAGUGGAAAUCAUGGUGGAGACGGAGGCGGAGGCUGGAGCCAGCGGCUACAGUGUGACCGGUGGAGGACAGCGAGGGAUCUUUGUUAAAGACGUCCUCAAAGACUCACCAGCCGCUAAACAUCUCAGUCUACAGGAAGGUGACCAGCUGCUGAGUGCCAAGGUCUAUUUCGACAAUGUGAAGUAUGAAGACGCUCUGAAGAUCCUUCAGUGUGCGGAGCCAUAUAAGGUCAGCUUCCUGCUGAAGAGGACCAUCCCUGGAUCAGAGGUCAGCGUGCGGCCUCGGGUUCCCAGUUUGGUGGUCAAAGGUCCCAAAGCCAAGAUGGCCAAAAUGAGUGUGAAGGGUACCAAGCCAUUCAAAACCAAGAAGAAGAGAGGUGGUCGUUUUGGUCUGAAGAGGCUGAAAGAGAAGCGCAGAGAGGAGCUGGCUGUAGAGGGGACACCACCCAGGCUAGAGAUGAGUGACGUGGAUGUGGAGUUUUCUCUCCCCAAAUUCAAACAAAGGAGGAGCGUGAAGGUUGAAGCAGGAGGAGCAACAGCCGUGGGAAAGGCAAAGAGGAGGCUCAGGUUUCCCCACAUGAAAACAAAGACUUACGCUGGAGCAGAAACAGGAGGCAAAGCGGAGACAGAACAACUCGAGGGACAGGUGAACAUCUCUCCAGCUGAGAUAUCUGGAGCUAAAGUCAAAACCAAAGUAAAAGGACACAAGUUUGGAAUCAGCUUUCCUAAGAGCAAACAUACAAAGUCAGGCGCAGCAUUGGAAACAAGAUCUGUGGAACUGAAGCCGCCGGGUGUGAGCGUCCAGCCGCCAUCAGUGGAGUUCAGUUUGUCUGGCGAAAAAGACUUGGAUGUGGAAAAGGGUGGGGUUAAGAUUAACACUCCUGAUGUGGAGUUUGCACUUCCUUCAGGAAAAGCUGAAGCAUCUUUGCCUGCAGUGAAGGGAAAGGCAGAAAUCAAAGCUCCUAAAAUUGACAUCAAAGGUGGAGUUGAUGCCGAGGCAACUGUGGGAAAAAUUGAUGUAGACGUGGGCAAAGGAGAUGCAAAGCUAAGAAUGCCAAAGUUGAAACUACCCAAAGUUAGACUUUCACGUCAUUCAGAUGAGAUAGAUGGUGAGAUCAAAGUAAAGACCAAAGGGAUGAAAGUGCCUCACACUGACAUAACAUCUCCAAAAGUAGGAAUCGAAGGAGGUUGCGAGAUUGCACUCCCCGAAACAAAUAUUACCAAACCAAAGAUUGAAGGAGAUGUCUCUGUAAAAGCUCCAUCUAUUCAAAUGCCUUCUGUUGAUAUUUCAUUGCCAAAGGUGAAGGGAAAGGACGUCGACAUCUCACUCCCAGAGUACAAAGAAGCUGGGAAGAUGGCAAUAAAAAUGCCUGCAAUUGACAUCUCUGUGCCUGAUGUUGAUUUGGAAUUGGACACCGGACACAGAAUUCCUGAUGAGGUGGAGGGCUCUUUUAAAGGGCCUAAAAUCUCUAUGCCAAAGGUUGAUAUCUCAUUACCAAAGAUGGAAUCAUCCAAUGUGGAUAUUAAAGGUCCAGAGGGUGAAGGGAAAUUCAGCCUACCCACUGUUGACAUCUCUCUCCCAAAAGUGAAACCAGAGGUAGAAGAUGUGGCUAUGGACUAUUAUGUUGGUGGAGAUGGGAAGUUCAAAAUGCCUGAUUUUGACAUAUCUUUCCCAAAAGUUAAGUCACCAAAAGGUGACGUAAAUAUAAAAGGACAAGAGGUGGAAGGGGGCUUUAAGUUACCUAAUGUAGACUUGAUCCUUCCCAAAGGCAAAGCAGGAACCGGCAUUGAAGGAGAAGGAAAAUUUAAAUUACCAUCUUUUGACAUUUCCCUCCCUAAAAUGAAGACAGGUGAGAUGGAAGUCGGCUUUGACGGCCCUGAGGUGAAAGGUGGUCAAUUUGAAACACCCACACUUGACAUUUCUCUGCCUAAAGGCAAAAUAGAAGGGGACAUUGACGUAGAAGGGCAUGCUGGAAAGGGAGGAAAAUUCAAAAUGCCCACCUUUGAUGUUUCUCUACCUAAGCUAAAACAACCAGAGGGUCAUGGUGAAGCUAAAAUCCAGAUGCCCUCUAUUGAUAUAUCACUGCCAAAGGGUAAGAUGGAAGCUGGCAUAGAAAUAGACAGUCCAUCUACACAAGGAGGGAAGUUCAAAAUGCCGUCACUUGAUGACAGACUGCCCAAGAUGGGAACAUCUGGGGCAGAGGUUGACUUACAAGGACCUGAGAUUAAAGGAGGGAAAAUUGAGGUGCCAUCUGUAGAUGUUUCUCUACCAAAAAUGAAGAUACCUGAGGGAGAUGUUAAGCUAGAAGGCCCUGAUUUUCCAGGAGGAGCAAAGUUCUCUCUUCCUGCUGUGAAAUUACCAGAGGGGAAGGUGAAGAUUGAAGGUCCUGAAGCCAAAGGAGGAAAGCUUCAGACGCCUUCAUUGGAUGUGUCACUACCAAAGAUGAAAUUACAGGGCGGUGACAUCAACAUUGGAAGUCCUGAGUUUAAGGUCAAUACACCAGAGGCAGAUUUAGACCUGAAGGGAAGCAAGAUUAAAGGAGGGAAAAUAAACAUGCCUACAGUUGAUAUCUCUCUUCCAAAAGGAAAAGCAGAGGGUAAGCUAGAUAUUGAAGGACCUACCGUGAAAGGAACCAAGUUUAAAAUGCCUACAUUUGAUAUGUCGCUACCAAAGAUGAAGACGAAGCAAGGUGACAUCAGCAUAGAGGGGCCAGAUAUCAAAGGUGGGGAAAUCAAAACGCCAACUAUUGACAUCUCAAUCCCCCAAGGAAAAUUUGAAGGUGAUAUUACUGUUGAAGGUGAAGGACGGGGAGGUAAAUUCAAUCUGCCAUCUGUAGACAUUGCCCUCCCUGCAGUAAAAUUCCCUGAAGGAGAUGUGAAUUUUCAAGGUCCGAAAGUUAAAAGUGGGAAGUUUGAAAUGCCAAAAAUUGACUUCUCGCUUCCUAAAGGAAAAGGGAUACAGGGAGACAUUGAUAUUGAUAUUCACUCUGGAAAAGAUGGAAAUAUUGAAAUACCAUCAUUUGAUACUGGACUUCCUAAAGGAAAAAUCAAAGGUGAUAUUAAUGUUAAAGGUCCUGCAGGGGGGACAGGUAAAUUUAAAAUGCCAAAAUUUGACAUUUCACAUCCAAAGGUGAACCUUCCAGAGGGCGAGGUCAAAGUAGAAGGACCAGAGAUUAAAGGAAAAAUGGAAAUGCCAACUGCUGAUAUUUCACUUCCAAAAGGAAAAAUAGAGGGAGGUGUUAAAAUUGAAGGACAUGGAGCCAAAGGAGGCAAUUUUCAGAUGCCAUCACUUGAUGUUUCACCCCCUAAAAUAAAGUCUCCUGAGGUAGAUAUCAGUCUUGAGGGUCCAGAUGUUAAAGGAGGACAUUUCAACAUGCCAGUUGUUGACAUUUCACUUCCAAAAGUAAAUUUUCCAGAGGGUGAUGUAAAAUUAAAAGGGCCUGAGAUCAAGGGCAGGAAGAUUGAAAUGCCAGACAUUGAUAUCUCACUCCCAAAAGGAAAAGCAGGGGGAGAAAUUGAAUUUGAAGGGUAUGGAGGUAAAGGAGGCAAGUUCCAUAUGCCCUCACUUGAUAUCUCUCUUCCUAAAAUGAAAACUAAGGGACCAGAGAUGAAUAUUGAAGGUCCUGAAGCUAAAGGUGGAACACUAAACAUGCCAUCACUUGAUGUUUCUCUACCCAAACUAAAAUCUCCUGAUGUAGAUAUCGACCUUAACGUUCCUGAUGUUAAAGGAGGGAAGGUCAACAUCCCAACUGUUGACAUUUCACUACCUAAAGGAAAGGUUGAGGGUGACAUAAAUGUUGAAGGCCCUGACGUAAAAGGAGGAAAAUUCAAAAUGCCAAAAUUUGAUGUUUCUUUACCAAAAGUGAGUCUCCCAAAGAUUGAUGCCAAUGUGGAAGGACCAGAUAUGACAGGAAAACUUGAAAUGCCAACUGUUGAUAUUUCACUACCUAAAGGAAAGGCGGAUGUUGAUAUUGACAUUCAUGGGCACACUGGUAAAGGUGGCAAGUUCCACAUGCCCUCACUUGACAUCUCUCUUCCGAAAGUCAAAGCAAAGGGAACUGAUGUUGAUAUUGAAGGACCUGAUGUUAAAGGUGACAUUUCACUCCCAAAAGGAAAGGUUGAUGCUGACCUCAGUAUUGAGGGUCCUGAGGUAAAAGGAGGCAAAUUUAAAAUGCCAAAAUUUGAUGUCUCAUUGCCAAAAGUGAGUAUCCCAGAGGGGGAUGUCAAAAUAGAAGGUCCAGACAUCAAGGGAAGGAAGAUUGAAAUGCCAGACAUCGAUAUUUCACUUCCCAGAGGAAAAGCAGAAGGAGAAAUUGAACUUGAAGGACAUGCUGGCAAAGGAGGCAAGUUCCAUAUGCCCUCACUCGACAUCUCUCUUCCUAAAAUGAAAGCUAAGGGACCAGAGAUGAAUAUUGAAGGUCCUGAAGUUAAAGGUGGAAAGCUGAACAUGCCAUCACUUGAUGUUUCUCUGCCCAAAUUAAAAUCUCCUGAUGUAGAUAUCAACCUCGAAGGUCCUGAUGUUAAAGGAGGGAAGAUCAACAUCCCAACUGUUGACAUUUCACUUCCCAAAGGAAAAGUUGAGGGUGACCUAAAUGUCGAAGGCCCUGAGGUUAAAGGAGGGAAAUUCAAAAUGCCAAAAUUUGAUGUUUCUUUGCCAAAAGUGAGUCUCCCAAAGAUUGACGCCAAUGUGGAAGGACCAGAUAUGAAAGGAAAACUUGAACUGCCAACUGUUGAUAUUUCACUACCUAAAGGAAAGGCAGAUGUGGAUAUUGACAUUGAUGGGCACACUGGUAAAGGUGGCAAGUUCCACAUGCCCUCACUUGACAUCUCUCUUCCUAAAGUCAAAGCAAAGGGAAUUGAUGUUGAUAUUGAAGGACCUGAUGUUAAAGGUGACAUUUCACUCCCAAAAGGAAAGGUUGAUGCUGACCUCAGUAUUGAGGGUCCUGAGGUAAAAGGAGGCAAAUUCAAAAUGCCCAAAUUUGACGUUUCACUUCCAAAGAUGAACCUGCCUGAGGGCAAUGUGGACAUGCCAACAGUUGAUAUUUCACUCCCAAAAGGGAAGGUCAAGGGAGAUGUUGACAUUGAGGGACAUGUAGGAAAAUGUGGGAAGUUUCACAUGCCCUCUGUGGAUUUCUCUCUUCCUAAAAUUAAAACAAAGGGAAUUGAUGUUGAUAUUGAAGGACCUGAACUUAAAGGUGACAUUUCACUCCCUAAAGGAAAAGUUGAGGGUGACUUAAAUGUUGAAGGUCCUGACAUAAAGGGAGGCAAAUUUAAAAUGCCAAAAUUUGAUGUCUCAUUACCAAAAGUGAGUAUCCCAGAGGGUGAUGUCAAAAUAAAAGGCCCAGACAUCAAGACAGGGAAAAUUGAAAUGCCAGACAUUGAUAUCUCACUCCCCAAAGGAAAAGCAGGAGGAGAAAUUGAACUUGAAGGACAUGCUGGCAAAGGAGGCAAGUUCCAUAUGCCCUCGCUUGAUAUCUCUCUUCCUAAAAUGAAAACAAAGGGACCAGAGAUGAAUAUUGAAGGUCCUGAAGUUAAAGGUGGAACACUAAACAUGCCAUCACUUGAUAUUUCUCUACCCAAAGUAAAAUCUACUGAUGUAGAUAUCAACCUUGAAGGUCCUGAUGUUAAAGGAGGGAGGGUCAACAUCCCAACUGUUGACAUUUCACUUCCCAAAGGAAAAGUUGAGGGUGACCUAAAUAUUGAAGGCCCUGAGGUUAAAGGAGGGAAAUUCAAAAUGCCCAAAUUUGAUGUUUCUUUGCCAAAAGUGAGUCUUCCAAAGAUUGAUGUUAAUGUGGAAGGACCAGAUAUGAAAGGAAAACUUGAAAUGCCAACUGUUGACAUUUCACUACCUAAAGGAAAAGUUGAGGGUGACAUAAAUGUUGAAGGCCCUGACGUAAAAGGAGGAAAAUUCAAAAUGCCAAAAUUUGAUGUUUCUUUACCAAAAGUGAGUCUCCCAAAGAUUGAUGCCAAUGUGGAAGGACCAGAUAUGAAAGGAAAACUUGAAAUGCCAACUGUUGACAUUUCACUACCUAAAGGAAAGGCGGAUGUUGAUAUUGACAUUCAUGGGCACACUGGUAAAGGUGGCAAGUUCCACAUGCCCUCACUUGACAUCUCUCUUCCGAAAGUCAAAGCAAAGGGAACUGAUGUUGAUAUUGAAGGACCUGAUGUUAAAGGUGACAUUUCACUCCCAAAAGGAAAGGUUGAUGCUGACCUCAGUAUUGAGGGUCCUGAGGUAAAAGGAGGCAAAUUUAAAAUGCCAAAAUUUGAUGUCUCAUUGCCAAAAGUGAGUAUCCCAGAGGGGGAUGUCAAAAUAGAAGGUCCAGACAUCAAGGGAAGGAAGAUUGAAAUGCCAGACAUCGAUAUUUCACUUCCCAGAGGAAAAGCAGAAGGAGAAAUUGAACUUGAAGGACAUGCUGGCAAAGGAGGCAAGUUCCAUAUGCCCUCACUCGACAUCUCUCUUCCUAAAAUGAAAGCUAAGGGACCAGAGAUGAAUAUUGAAGGUCCUGAAGUUAAAGGUGGAAAGCUGAACAUGCCAUCACUUGAUGUUUCUCUGCCCAAAUUAAAAUCUCCUGAUGUAGAUAUCAACCUCGAAGGUCCUGAUGUUAAAGGAGGGAAGAUCAACAUCCCAACUGUUGACAUUUCACUUCCCAAAGGAAAAGUUGAGGGUGACCUAAAUGUCGAAGGCCCUGAGGUUAAAGGAGGGAAAUUCAAAAUGCCAAAAUUUGAUGUUUCUUUGCCAAAAGUGAGUCUCCCAAAGAUUGAUGCCAAUGUGGAAGGACCAGAUAUUAAAGGAAAACUUGAAAUGCCAACUGUUGAUAUUUCACUUCCAAAAGGAAAGGCAGAUGUGGAUAUUGACAUUGAUGGGCACACUGGUAAAGGUGGCAAGUUCCACAUGCCCUCAAUUGACAUCUCUCUUCCUACAAUGAAGGCAAAGGGAAUUGAUAUUCAAGGACCUGAAGUAAAAGGUGGCGUAUCACUUCCGGAAAUUAAGUCUCCAGAGGUAGAUAUCAGUCUUGCGGGUCCUGAUAUUCAAGGAGGAAAGUUGCCAACUGUUGACAUUUCACUACCUAAAGGAAAAGUUGAGGGUGACCUUGAUAUUGCAGGUCCUGAGUUGAAGGGGGGUAAAUUUAAAAUGCCAAGAUUUGAUGUUUCUUUACCAAAAGUGAGUCUGCCAGAGAGUGAUGUCAAAAUAAAAGGCCCAGACAUCAAAGGAGGGAAGAUUGAAUUGCCAGACAUCGAUAUUUCACUCCCUAAAGGAAAAGCAGGAGGAGAAAUUGAUGGACAUGCUGGCAAAGGAGGGAAGUUUCAUAUGCCCUCACUUGACAUCUCUCUUCCUAAAAUGAAAACAAAGGGACCACAGGUAAACAUAGAAGGUCCUGAACUUAAAGGUGGAAAAAUCGACAUGCCAAGUGUUGAUAUUACACUACCUGAAGGAAAGGCUGAAGGCGAUUUCAAUAUUGAAGGUCCUGAGAUAAAAGGAGGCAAAUUCAAAAUGCCUACAUUUGACGUUUCACUUCCAAAGAUCAACCUGCCAGAAGGCAAUGUCAGAGUGGAAGGACCAGAGAUAAAAGGAGGAAAGGUACCAAUGCCAGCUGUUGACAUUUCAGUUCCAGAAGGAAAAGUGGAAGGAAAUAUCAAUAUUGAAGGACCAUCUGGAAAAGGAAAGUUUGAAGUGCCAGAUGUUGAAAUGUCUGGUAAAAAACGCGGUGGGUUCCACAUGCCAACUCUUGACAUAAAUCUCCCCAAAUUUGAUCUUGAUCUCAGCCUCCCCUCUGGUGUGAAAGACAAAAGCCUCAAAGUGAACACCAGUGGUCCUGAUGUAUCCGGAGAUUUGGAGAUGUCUGGGCUAAAAGGCGAUAUUAAUCCAGCCAAGUUGAAAGUUAGGGGUCCAGACAUUGAGACGGGUAAUGUAGAAGGUCCAGGUGCAUCCCUCAAACUUCCUACUGUCAAACUACCGACAGUUGACAUCUCAGCUCCAAAAGUGGAUCUAGACUUUGGCCUCACUAAACCUAAAGGUGAUGAUGUGGAAGUGGAGCUUCUAAAAGCAGAGGGAGGCAGGCCUUCAUCAGGGGGCAGCUUUGAUCUACCUGAUGUCUCCCUCAAAGUUCCCAGUUUUUCACUUCCCAGGUUUGGUGGAAAGUCCAAGAGUGGUGAUUUGCAGAUAUCAGGAAAAGGUCCCAAAGGAGACAUUUCCCUCAGCCCACAACAAGUGGAAGGAGAGGUUAGGGCACCAUCAGUAGAGUUUGAUGGGGAUGGAAAGGUCAAGGUGAAAAAGCCAAAAAUCAAAAUGCCUUCAUUUGGAAUAUCCAAAAAGAAUACGGUGUCUUGUCCUGAUGUGAAUGCUAAAGUGAAAAAGGGAAAAAUUGAAAUUCCUAAUCCGGAAAUCAACGUCGAGAGCCCAGACAACAAAACAAAAUAUAAAGUGAAAUUCCCCAAGUUUAAAUUGUCAUCACCAAAAGGUCAACUUCCAGAGGGAGAGGUUGAUGCUAAACUAGAUGCAGAUGUGGAAGGGAAAGGUGGCUUUCAUGCACCUGACGUCACUCUCAAACUGCCAAAGUUCUCCAUGCCAGGAUUUAGCCCCAAAGAAAAAGAUUAUGAAGGUAAGGCUAAGGUAAAGAUGCCCUCUGUUGAACUGUCACUACCAGCAGCUAAAACAUCAGAGACUGAGGUUCUUCUCCCCAAAGCAGAGAUUGAGGUCUCAGACACUGAUAUCAAAGGUUAUGAGGGAAACCUCAAACUUCCAAAAAUGCCAACGAUUGACAUUUCUAUCCCUAAAGUAGAUCUGGAUGUGUCCCUGCCAAAAGUAAAGCAUGGUGCAGAUGUUGAAGUCGAUGCAGAGGGAGGGAAAUUCAAAAUACCUCACAUCAGUAUGCCUAACGUGGAUAUUUCACUUCCAAAAGGAAAAGUUGAAGGUCCAGAUGUUGAACUAGAGGGAGGUUCAGGAGGAAAGUUCAAAAUGCCACACAUGAAAAUGCCUCACAUGAAAAUGCCAGAUCUUGACAUCUCUCUGCCGAAAGGGAAGAUUGAAGGUCCAGAUGUUGAUAUCUCCCUACCCAAAGGAAAGAUUGAAGGUCCAGAUGUUGACAUCUCUCUACCCAAAGGAAAAAUUGAAGGUCCAGAAAUGGAUAUUAAAGGGGAAGGUGGAAGAUUCAAGAUGCCACAUCUCAGUAUGCCCUCUGUUGAUAUUUCACUUCCAAAACGAAAAGUUGAAGGUCCAGAUGUUGAAAUAGAGGGAGGUUCAGGAGGAAAGUUCAAAAUGCCUGACAUUAAAAUGCCAAAUGUUGACAUCUCUCUGCCCAAAGGAAAGGUUCAAGGUCCAGAUGUUGAAAUAGAGGGAGGUUCAGGAGGAAAGUUCAAAAUGCCUCACGUGAAAAUGCCAGAUUUUGACAUCUCUCUGCCCAAAGGAAAGGUUCAAGGUCCAGAUGUUGACAUCUCUCUACCUAAAGGAAAGAUUGAAGGCCCAGAAAUGGAUAUCAAAGGGGAAGGUGGAAGAUUCAAGAUGCCACAUCUCAGCAUGCCCUCUGUUGACAUUUCACUUCCAAAAGGAAAGGUUGAAGGCCCAGAUGUUGAAAUAGAGGGAGGUUCAGGAGGAAAGUUCAAAAUGCCUCACAUGAAAAUGCCAAAUGUUGACAUCUCUCUGCCAAAAGGAAAGGUUGAAGGUCCAGAUGUUGACAUCUCUCUGCCCAAAGGAAAAAUUGAAGGCCCAGAAAUGGAUAUCAAAGGGGAAGGUGGAAGAUUCAAGAUGCCACAUCUCAGCAUGCCAUCUGUUGAUAUUUCACUUCCAAAAGGAAAGGUUGAAGGUCCAGAUGUUGAAAUAGAGGGAGGUUCAGGAGGAAAGGUCAAAAUGCCUUAUUGGAAAGUUCCAGAUGUGGAAAUAAAAGGGGAUGGGGAAGGAAAAUUCAAAAUGCCUCAUAUGAAAAUGCCCAAUGUUGACAUCUCUCUGCCCAAAGCAAAAUAUGGAAAAAUUGAAGGACUAGAGCUGGAGAUUCAAGGGGAGGGAGGCAAAUCUAAAAUUCCAGAGAUGACAAUGCCUUCAGUAGACAUUUCACUGCCAAAGGGGAAGACUGAAGGUCCAAAAUCUGAAAUUAUAGGUGAGGUAGGAAAGUUUAAGAUGCCAAAAGUUGACAUAUCUCUUCCUAAAGGAAAACCUUCAAUCGAAUGUCCAGAGAUGGAGAUUAAGGGAGAUGGGGGACAGUUCAAGAUGCCUAAUGUAGACCUAUCUAUCCCUAAAGGAAAAACAAAUAUUGAAACACCAGAGAUGAAAGUGGAGGCAGAGGGAGGGGCCAUCAAGCUCCCACAUAUCAAGAUGCCAAAAGUUGAUAUUUCACUUCCUAAAGGUAAAAAUAAAGACAUUGAAGCACCUGCUAUAGAGCUGGAAGUCACAGGUGGAAAGAUCAAAGGUCCAGAUGUUAAACUUCCAAAGGAGGCAGGAGGAAAAAUUAAAGGGCCACAAGUCACAUCACCAGAUCUGGACAUCAGUGUAACACAUAGUAAGCCUAAACAAGACACAGAUGCUCAUGUUGAGGGGGAGAACAAAGGUAUGAAACUCAAGAUGCCAACAAUAGAUAUCAAAGGUCCAAAAGGAGACCUGGAGCUUGAUAUAGGACUCCAAAGAGGAGAGGGCAAGAAGGACAGGAAAAAAGUUGAACUACCUGACUUGGAUCUUAACGCAGCGGGAGCCAGCAGCAAAGUAAAGGGGCCUAAAGUCAAAGGAACAAAAUUCAAGAUUGGAAUGCCAAAAAAGAAAACUGGCAAAAAUGAAACAGUGGAAGUAAAAAUAUGCAAAGACUGUGGCAAUGAGAAGUUAAAUGGACAAGUCAAACACAAGUGCAAGGCUAAAGAAAGAUUAGAGUAUGAAGUUGAAGUUGAAACCCACAAUGGACAUAAAGGGGACAAAGGUCCUAGUAACAUUACAGUACCAAAGGUUACAUUACCAAGUGUACAAGGCUCAGCCAAUGUAGAAACAGGGGGAGAAGGUGCAGUCAGAGUCCCCAGGAUUCCAGACAUAGAGUUUGAUAUUGGUACAUCACAUGAAGAGGAUGAUGGCAAAACAGAAAAAGGCAAGAAAAUCAAAAUUCCGAAGUUUGGUGUCCCAUUACCCUCCAUCUCCUCUCCCGAAGGAAGAAUGAAUAUCUAUGGGCCAGAAAUUCGGUAUGAGGGUCCUAAAAUGCCCAAAGUAAAGAAAGCUGUUUUUGUACUGGUAGAUUCAGAUGAGCCCAUUGCACGCACAGGCCUCCUGGAAGAAGAGAUGACAUGUGAGCCUGAAACAGAGGACGUUAAAGUGAAAAUGCCCAAAAUCAAGAUGAAGCCAAGCUUUGGGAAGUCCAAAGAUAAAUCAGCUGCUGGAGAAGACAAGUCAAAGGGACUGGAGAUGAAAAUGCCCCAAGUGUCAUUCUCUUCUGGCAAAUCAGGGUCGUUAGAUGUCAAAGGUUCAAGUUCAAGUCUCAAUGAUGAACAAGAUGCAAGUCCUCACAAGGGCUCCAAGGAUGAUAAAGGGACAUUCAGUGGUAAAAUCAAACUUCCAAAGUUGGAGUUUACCUCUCCAUAUGGCAAAAUGGCAGCAGAGGAGGAGGAUUCCUCACCAGGAGAUGUAGGGGGAGACACAAAGGCGCUUAAAAUAAAACCUGGCAAGAUGGCAUUUGCAGGUUUUAGUGAGGAAUCUGUGCAUGAUGUGGUGUCAUCUCAUGCCAGAACAGAUAUGCUGGACAGGGACAGCUCAGAGUCCCCUGCUGGUUUUAGCAUGGGGUACAGCUCAACAAAGGUCCAGUCUUGGAGUGUUGAGAGCCAAAGUACAGAGUCUGAAGAAAGAGAGUCUUCAUCCUGGUUCAAGGUCCCGAAGUUCAGCCUGAAGCCACACUCCACAGGCUUCCUCCAGAUAACCCCAGAGGGCUCUCCUCAGGCCCAGCGGAGGGGGGAGCUGGGCGGUGAGGUCGAUGUCUCUGGGUCUUUCUGCCUCACCACCUCAGGGCUCGACUUCAGCACCCAGGAAAUGUCAGAAGAGCACCAAGUCUCCUCCACUGAGGAGGCCUCUGUCACCAUGGUGACCAAGACCACCAGAAUCACCCGGCAAAUGGUUACCACUGAAACGCGAACAGGUGAAUCUUCGUCCACCACGUCGACGACAACCCGCCAGGUGACGGACUUCUGAGGAUGCUGUAAUGAUAUCUUAAAUGUCUUUUACUUUUCUUGUUUUUCUUUGGUGAGGUUGCAGUGUUCUUGUAAACGAUGCCUGCAACGUGGCAAACCUCGAUUAAGUCUUUAUUUUAUAUUUUAAUAGGUGAGGUAUGAAUGUGAUCAAUCAGCAUUAUCGUCAUUAUUACAGCAAACAGAGUAAUAUAUGCUUCUUUUUUUUUCAUUUUAAAUGUGACUAUUGUUUGUUAUUUUUGAGUUUUUUUGUUAGUUUAGUCCUACUUAUUUAUCAUAUUUUGUUUGGUUUUAAAGCUUUCACUCUGAAUGUAAACAUGUCGGAUUGCUUAAUUAUUUAUUGUUGUUUGUGUGUUCAAGACGGGCUGGAAUGAAAAAUUUACUCACAUCGGUAUCAUGGAUUUGACCAUGAUUGUAAGCUGAGUUCAAAAUAACUCAUUUUGAACCACUACCAGUACAGGCCAGAGUAAUAUUUAUGUAAAUACAACUAUAUAAUUGCUUUUUUGAAGCAGUAUCCCUUAAAUACGAAAUGUAAUUAUUUUCAUAUUCACCAGAGUCAGGAGUAGAAAUUAUAUAUUUUUUGACCUGAUAACCUGAUUUUGUUUGUCUUGAAAGAAAAGUGUGAGCUUUUUGAGGUUAUAGGCUUUUCACAUUUUCUGCCAUAGUUUUAUAUUUUGAGUAUUUAGCUGGUGCUGUUACCCAGAGAUAGUCACAGUGAGUAAGCAGGACACUCUGGGCUAUUUUUCUGCUGUGGGGAUCAAACCUGUGACCUUCUGCUUACAGGUUGCUCUCAAACAUUUAGGCCACCCUGCUGCUAAUCUAUUUUAUAUUCAUGUUUUUACUGUACACUGCCAGACACCACUGUAUAUUUUGUGAAUGAGGCUUUAGCUUCGAGCUACACCUCCUGGCGGAUGCUGAUUUUUUGAAACUCGGCUGUGAACUGUGUUUGAGUUUCAAAACAUCGACAGCAAGCUGGGAGGAUAUUUGGGGAUUUUGGGGUGCUGUCAAGCACUUUAGCAAACUCAAUGAGAGGUCACUUAAGAAAUAGCCCUCUAAAAAUGAUGUUACUAUAAGGCUGCUACAAUGACAGACUGGCUAAAGAGUGGCAAGCUUUGAUCUUGUACAAAAGCCAUCACGUAACAAAAAAGAACAAGAGAACCAAGGCUCAUUUUCCUUUUUGGUAAAAUUAUUUUACUAAUCUGACACUCUUCCGUUUAUUAUAUGAAUAUUUAUAUUACAGAAUAUCGUGUCAGAUUAUUAAUAAAACCACUUUUAUGAAGUGCCUUUACCCCAAAGAGUGUGUCCUCCAUUUAAAGCUUUGAAAUGGAGGAAGAUAAGCCUCAUGCUGUCUUUUACAUAUUUAUUUUAUUGUCUCCACAUUGAGACAUUAAGGUUUAAUUCCCAAGUGCAGCUCGUAUCAUUUGAGAUAAAAACUAGUUACUUCAAUGCUUCUGGCAUCAAAUGAAAAUUUUAAAAACUACUGAUGUUACAGCCAUUUAUAUACAAGAUAACAGUUUCACAGGAUACAAGAAUGUGAUGAGCUAUUUUUCAAGUUGAUGAAAAGCAUUUAUGAAUGAACACUUUUUACUUUACUUACUUUACUUUCCUUGGUUGGUAGAUGGAAUGAAUAUUGUGUAAUAAAAUGCAUGAAGAAA